AUGGCGUUGUUAAACUUGGAUUCAGAGCGUUUUCUGGAACGAUCACAACAAGAACGACGUGAGAGAGAACAACAAAGAGCUACCGAGAAGUUGUUUACUGAUCUCGGGGCUUAUAUUAAAGGAUAUCUGACUCGGAAGAGGUUGAAGGAUCAAAUACAGUAAGGGAAUAUUGAUUUUAUGUUACUGAGUGUUUAGGAAAGAGUUUCACGAAUAUUUUGGAGAAGAUGGACUCAAGCUGAAUGCCAACACAAAGUUGUUAACCUAUGGAAGGUUGCUUUUGGGACAAUUAUGCAAAAAUGACUUUAACAAGGAUGUAAGCUCACAUAUUAAAAUUAAAAAGGUUAAAUCAGAAGAACAUUCUGAAAAAACGUUUGGAUGAUGUACUUCUUUCUAUUGCAAACAUCUUUAAAGCUUUGCAGUACGAUUUGUAAAGCUUUGAAGACGUUAGUAUUUAAAUAUUGUAAAGUACAGAAACUUUUAAAUGUCGUUUACAGACUCAAAAUAGUAAAAGUAUUUGCAGUUGUUGGUCUGUUAUACUAGGACGUUGAUAAAAUCAAUUACAAGUACGAAUAAGUCAUGCUCUUUUGCCACAUUAUUCUUGUCUGUACAAUACAUCAAGCCCGCUUCUCAACACAUUCAAAACAUGUUUGCUCAUGUUACUGAUUUCGUCUCUAAAGCAGACGUAAGUUACAUUACUAUAGAUGAAAGGUCAUAUGGAAUGUUAAGUUUAUAUUUACGUUAACACUAGUUGCUAUUGGAAGUAGCAACAGUAGCUACUAAAAAGAAAGCAUGUCUGCAGUUAAUUUAAGUUAUAAUCUAAAAUAUUUCUUUAGGUAGAGCACAUUACCCAAUUAAAAAUGGUGGUAGUGCUGGUGGAGUUCUUGGAAGUUUACAGCAAUCCAACUAUGUGGGGAAUAGUAAAAGAACCGGCUUUGGUUAAGGUUAUGCAAAGUUUGUGUACGAAGAUGUUACUGGGAAUGACUGAUUCUGCUCAAUUUGAUAAGCUGACCGUAAGUUUGUUUCUAUCUCAAUGAUAACAUUGAGUUUAGACGUCGAUUUCUAAUGGUCUUAAAGGCACAAAAACAGCGUUGCCAUCUAGAUCUUUGAACCAACUGGCUGUCUUUACCUUCAGGUAGGUUAUUAUAAAGAUAUGAGAACUAAAUGUCUUUAGUACUAUGUUGAGUAUGAGAGCUAGAUGUACAGUAAAACAUUGUAAAGUUUAAUCUACGGAGUUUUACAGAGUAAUGAAAGCUGGCGGAUGGACUAUGGACAUUAUUGACAAUUUCUUGGAUGGUAUCUUUGUAUGUCCAGCAUUUUACGCUGUACUGACUUCUGAUGUAAGUGAAUAUUUUUUAAUUUACUGCCGUAAACUUACCGUACUUCAGAAAUGUUGAUUUUGUCAAAUCAACACUGAUAAUGUAAAGUCACUGAAGUGAUAUUAGCAACUUUAUAUUAUAAUAACCAAUUGCUUUAGACCUUAUCGGAAUUUGAAGCAGACACAGUAUUCGAAAGAGUGUUGCGUCGUGCUUCAGAAGAUAAACUGCAAUUGAAAAAUGUUGUUUCUUCUGUCAACUUCUUGGGUAACUUUGUUCAACUGACAAUGUCAGUGAAGGCUCUGUUCGAUAUGAAUGUUGAGGCAUGGACAUUGGCCAUUAACUACAUUCUAGAGCAUUGCAAGGAGAAGGUUGUCAACAAAAAGUACUUUCAUUCGGUUUUGGGUUGGACUAGUCAACGGUUGGAUGAAGGGUAAGGUUAUUGUAGUUUUUUGGUUUUAGGGUGUGACAGUGUAACUAGAGAUCUGACGGGAACUUUUGUACUUGAGUAACAAGGCGCGCAAUGAACUUUUGUACUUGAUUCUAUAUAACAUAUUAUACGAUGGGCCUUUGUUUUGUGUUAUUACCCUUGGUUUAUGAAUGAAAAUGAAUGUUGUUUUAGAUCUCAAGCAGCUUCGAACAGAGUACAAUACCAAGUUGAGUUGCUGUGGUCAAAAGGGAUGUUAGACCAGCUAUUUGGACUGAUAUUAAAGGUGGACAACAAAAAAGAUGGCAGAAAAACGGUCAAGUUGGCACAGAAGGAGAUUACUGGAUUCGAUUUUGUUCAGAGUAAGUUUUGUGUAUUGGCAAUUAUUCUUUCAGCAUGUUUAUUUACUUUUGGGUAAUUACUAUCAGGGUGUCUGUAGUAACACAUUGCGUUAAUGUAAACUGCUUUUAUUACAAUUUUAAUACAGUUUUAAGGCCGAAACACUGUUUUUGGUUACUAAAACAGUGCUUCAGUAUGUUUACUGAUCUUGGGGCAGACAAUUUUAUUAAUACUAGCAUGACGUUCUGUUUCAGAAGUGAUUAAAAUAUUGUCAACGAAAGGUUUGUCAGCAACUGUCGACUUACCGAGUAACAACCAGAUAGCUGAAGUGUGCAAGUUGUACCAGACUUUGGUGACCACAUUCAGAGCGAAGAAGCCGGACGUUUUAAGUGGUAUGAUUUGUAGUUUUUCUUUUUUUUAGACAUUUGGGUGCUGUAAACAGUACAUCUUAUUGGUUGUGGGUACUUUAUACGGUACACUUUAUUAUUUAUGGGUUCCUUAUACAGUACGCCUAAUUAUUUAUAUUCAAAGAUAUUCUUGUUUGAUAAGAAAAUUUGCUUUGAGAGGGGCACAGAAUUAUUUGAACAACUUUAGUCAUUGUUUUAGGUUUGUGUCGAAACGAGAAGAUCUUGGUAGGGCUUUGGGAGUUCAUAAACGAUGGAGGAAUUGAAAGUUACUGGAAGUUGUUGACCCUGGAUCCCGAUAUUAAACUACCGUACUCGUCUUCCUUGGAACUGUUUGCUGAAGCUGCGCAUUCGUUGAUAUCGUAUGUGUUUAAAGAUACUUUUAUGAUUUUAUAAUCGAAUCUUUGAAUGUUUAUUACCUAUUUUUCAACAUAAAAUUGCAUUUAAUAUCUUCUAGUAUAUCGUGCGUUGAAAAAGGAAUAAGCUUUUUUAAGUUAAUUUAAUAAUUGAAAACUGUAUUAAUUAUAGGAUUCUGGACGAAAAAGAAUUGUACGAGAAUCAGAAGCCGUUCACGUUGAAGCAGCUUUGUGAAAUUGCUUCUUUUUGCAACACUUUCUGCUUCAGAUGCAUCUGGGAAGAGUUAUUACGUAAGUUUUAGGUUUUUGUGGAUUUUUUGCUCUUUCUGAACUGGAUGUGGUAUUUACAAAACGUUUUUAUUUUAAGAUUACCAGGAACGACCAGUCGAUGUGCUCUUUGGGAGUGUGUACCAACUGAACUCGCUGCUAUUGAUGAGAGACAGUAGAAAGUCUUUUGUCAAUUUUAAAGACUUUUGGAUUGUAAAGUAAGCAUUUUAAAGUUUGGACAGCUCUUUAUUUUAAAGUUUUUAUAUUUUAUAGUAGGAUUAACUAAAAUAACUAAUUUUACUAUCUUCUAUAUUUAAAUUUGCUUAUAAUAACAUUCAUAAUAUCUUUUUACUUCCAGAGAAGUAAAAGCAUCACAAAUUGUAGCCGAAUUCGAAAAAGGCACACAAAGAGCACUGAAACUGAUGAACAUGCUACCUCACUCAGUACCACUCAAACAGCGUAUAGUACUAUUCCGAAAGCUGGUACAAAAGGACAAGCUCUCAAAGCACGAAACCCACAUAAUCGAGAUUCACCGUGACCGGCUACUGGAAGACGGCUUUGUUCAACUGUCGGACCUGAGUUCAAAAGCAUUGAAAGGAGUGAUUAGAGUCAAGUUCGUGAACCAACAAGGUCUGCCAGAAGUGGGAAUCGACCAGGACGGUGUCUUCAAGGAGUUCCUCGAGUUGACCUUGAAGAAGGUGUUUGAUCCAGGGCUGAAUCUGUUCAAGAACACGGCCAACAAUGUACUAUACCCAUCUUCCACGUCGUACAUUCAUGAUAAUCAUCUGAAUCUGUUCGAAUUCGUUGGCAAAAUGUUGGGAAAAGCGGUUUAUGAAGGGAUCUGCAUUGACCUACACCUAGCUCCAGUACUUUUGGCAGCUGUCCUGAAGAAGAAGUUGUGGGCGUUUGAUGAGUUAUCAAGUCUGGAUCCGGAAUUGUACAAGAAUCUGACAUUUGUGAAGCACUACGACGGAGAUGUGGAGGACCUGGGGCUUACUUUUGCCUUGACUGAAGAGGUUUUGGGGAAGGUAAAUGGUUUGGCAAGGAUAAUAUAGGGUUUUGGUUUUUUUUAUUAAAAUAGGUAAUUAGCUUUGAUGAAAAACAGUUUUUGAGAAUGUUUUUUGUUUUUUUUUGGCAUUACCAAUAUUUUUAAUGUAUUUUAGGUAGAAACUCAUGAACUGAUUGCUGGAGGCAGUAACAUUUCAGUCAACAAUAUCAACAAGUAAGCAUAUAUCUCUCUAUGAUGUCGUACAUUAAACUUAUUUUGUAUUUAUUGUUUAUGUUCCUUUUUCAGAAUCUCAUACAUUCACCGGAUGGCAUUGUUUCGAGUAGUUCAUCAGACUCAAGAACAAUGUCAAAGGUUUGUUCAAGGCUUCAGGACUUUAAUAUCACCACAAUGGUUGUGUCUAUUCACUUCGUUGGAGCUACAGUACUUGGUAUCUGGACAGAAUGAGUAAGUUUCAAAAAAUCGUUAAGGUCUUCAAUUUGUUUUACAGGGUGUGCCAAAAGUCCCUGAACUCAUUAUUUUAGACAUAUAUUUAUUAAAACAAUCAAUAUACUUAAAACAACAACUAACAAUAAUAACAUAUAGCACUAGUUAUAACAUAGUCAAGCGGUUUCGAAGUGGCCCUUCUUUGCCGCCAUGCAGAGGCGUAAACGCUUCACAAAGUUUUAGGCGAUGGGCCGCAGGUCCUGAGUCCCACUCUUCGAUCAAUGCUUGUUUCAAAGACUCCAAAGUUUGGUGUCUUCUACAACACACCCUUGCCUACAAUAUCGACCAAAUACUUUAAUCCAUCAAGUUGAGAUCGGGGCAGUACGGAGGCCUUUCAGCUGAGGUGAUAAAGUCCGGAAAAUGGGUCCGACACCACUCCUGUGUUGUUUUGGCUUUAUGGGCUGGCGCAGAGUCCUUUUGAAACGUCCAUUUGGUGUUCCUGAAGUGUUUUAGGAACCAAGGCAGUACUACGACUUCCAGAAUGUCUUUUUGGUACACUUCUUUAUUGAUUUUUACUCCUUCUUCAACAAAAUCAAAGGAUUUUUGCCCGAGGCGCAUACUCCUGCCCAAACCAUAAUGCCCCGAGGGUGUUGACGGUGUUCGACGAUGGCCAAGUCUCUAGGAGGCUCUGUAGAGUAAUGUCUGUCAUUUUGAGGGGUUAUGUGCCUGUUCCAACAUGAAUAUCUUCUCAUCCGAAUGGGACAAACUUACGCAUCAGGACCUGCGGCCCAUCGCUGAAAACUUUGUGAGGCGUUUACGCCUCUGCGCGGCGGCAAAGAGGAGCCACUUCGAAACCGCUUGACUAUGUUAUAACUAGUACUAUAUGUUACUAUUGUUAGUUGUUGUUUUAAGUAGAUUGAUUGUUUUAAUAAAUAUAUGACUAAAAAAAUGAGUUCAGGGACUUUUGGCACACCCUGUAUAAAGGUUUACAUUAUCCGUUUUUAGUGAUUUUGACUUGGAAGAUCUAAAGAAGCACACACAGUACUUUGGAGGCUUUCACAGUAAUCAUCGUGUCAUACGAUGGCUGUGGGAAAUUAUGGAAAAGGAAUUCACCUCAGAGGAAAGACAUCUGUUCCUUAAGGUAUGUUGUCGUGUUUGAAAUCUUAGUGUAUGUAUGCUAACUAGAGAGGAUAUCAGAAUGUUUUUAGUUCGGAACAAGUUGCUCCCGACCUCCAUUACUUGGCUUUGCUUAUCUCGAACCACCGUUCUCGAUUCGUUGCGUUGAGACUUCUGAUGACAAUGUAAGUAUGACAUGUUGUAACAAGGGUUAAUCUGAAGUUAACAGUGAAUAAAAGAAGAAUUGACUCAAAUUGAUUGUUAAUGAUGUGUUAUAUUAGGUCGUCCAAAUAUGAAUGAGCCUUUAAAUGGCAAUUUUGAUUUUUUUAAAAUAAAACUGGUCCAUUCAUAUUUGGACAACAUAUUAUGAUAGCAGGAGUAUAAAAUUUGAGGUUUUAUGAAAACGAUUUAUAAUAUUGUUUUUCAGGACCAAGGCGACACCCUGGGCUCAGUGAUCCGAGGCUUUUUGGCCAUAAAACGCAAAAAUCCGAAUCGACUGCCAACUGCUUCGACUUGUUUCAAUCUUCUCAAACUCCCAAAUUACAGUAAAAAGUCGGUGUUGUUGGAGAAGUUACGGUAUGCCAUUCACGCGGAAACUGGUUUCGAAUUAAGUUAA